UGAACGACAGAACGGUGAGAGUAUAAUACUUGAAUUCCUGAUCGCUGGUCUCCAGUUAUACAUAACCGGUAUAAGUAUAUAUAUAACCGGUCCAGAUCGCCAUCGUGAAUAUUUGUAGCCGGUGUACACACGUAUACCGGCAUUACCGCCAUAACGUUCCACGGGGACCGGCACGCCGUGUCCAUUACCGCCAUAACGUUCCACGGGGACCGGCACGCCGUGUCUCUUAUACCAAUGGACAGUAGUUCGCACAAUGUCAAUGUGACCCUGUUUGCCGGCAACGGCGAAAUCCCCAUUGAGGAUGACCUACACUUUCCCCUGGCGUACCGGGUGAUCGCCACCAUCAUCCACUCUGUCAUAUUAAUCACGGGAAUUCUCGGCUGUCUGGCCAUUAUCUUUGUGGCACACAAGGAGCGCACACUGCACACUCCGACCUAUUCAUACCUGGUAUCCCUUGCGUUUGCCGACUUGGUGGUAAUAAGCACAGCGGUACCGGAAGCAAUUGUGUGCCAUCACGUUGGGGCACGCUGGAUUUUUGGACAAGUCGGAUGUGCACUAUUUGUCUUUCUUAACUUCCUUGGGAUAAAUGCCGGCAGCAUGAGCAUAUUCGCAUUCACAAUUGAACGGUAUAUCGCUGUAUGCCAUCCCUUUCUCGCGCAUCGAUUAUGCACACUGGAACGCACCAAAAAGAUCAUCUUAGCCGGCUGGAUUGCCGUUGUCGCGUACUGCAUGCCGUGGCUCUUUCUCACCGAACUCAAACCAGACCCUAUUUUCCCUGAUCAGUCGCACUGCGACUUCCGUGUCAGCAAGGAAGUAUACGCGGCUCUCUUCGUUUCGGACAUUGUGGUUUUCUACGUGUUACCGCUACUGAUGGCCGUUGGCGGGUAUGCCAAGAUCGCUUGGGUCAUCAAGCAAAGGUCACGCUGCCAACAGGAACUGGAUCAACCGCUGCAGCCACAACACCUCCAGCCGACCGGAUCCAUCAAGAUUAUUAAAAAUGCAUCGAAAGCCAGUUUUUACCGGCAAUCCGACAGCGCUAAAAGUUCGACGAUGCGAAUGCUGAUUGUGAUUGUGAGUUUAUUUGCCGUUUCCUGGCUGCCAUUUCGCGGCCUGCUAAUAUACAACUCGUUGGCGGAUGAACCCUGGCUGGAUAUUUGGUAUCUGCUCUUCGCCAAGACGCUCAUAUACAUGAACUGCGCCAUGAAUCCCUUCCUCUACAACGCCAUCAAUCCGCGUUUCCGGUUGGCCAUGCGGCAUGCCUUCUGCCACACGCGCAACUCCCAAUCAUGUACGACGACAUUGAGCACGGCUGAUCGGUCCCCCACAACGGAGUAUUUUGGUCGUAAGGGAUCAUCCCCAACAUGUCAUUUUGUAAUACCACAAUGAUCGGCAAGUGUGGUCACACACUACCCGACACUGCAACAAGGAGCGGUUUCCGUGCCCCAGCUGGCUGAUACUGAACUGCAAGUUGGUGUGCGACUGCAGAGUACAAACCAAUAAAGCUAGUGUUCAACGAUUAACUGGGAGGAGAAUAUAGCUGUUCCUGUUCGGGAUUAACCGCGCGGGAGGAGAAGCAGAUUCCUGUUCAGAUAUAUCGCGGAGUAUUAUAUAUAUAUGUAGUAUUACACCAUUUUGUGAGACAUAGCUGAACCUACAGCCUGCUACUUUUUAUAACGAUGAUGAUUUUAAUCGAUACACGUAUAAAAAUAUACUUGUAACUUUUUUAUGCAUGCAGACGUCGAACGCACACCUUUGUAUGUAAUUAAGUUUGAAUGCCCUCAUGAGCGACCGUUUUCUUCCUGUACGAGUACAAG